UCUGUCUCCUUCCCCAGGAACUACUUUCACAGGCACAAUGAAUCUUUCCCAGGACACUGGCUCUGGUGGCAUUCAUGAAGAGAGGAAACUUUAUGUUGUGGAUUCCAUAAAUGAUUUACACAAGCUAAACCUCUGUCCUGCUGGACCGCAGCAUCAUUUCCCGGAGAAGAUCCCAGGCUUUGGCACUAACUCAAGAAAUGGAAGUCGCAGUCUGUUUCUUAUGGGGCUGAUAAUUGUGCUGAUAGUCAGCCUGGCCCUGGUUACCUUCGUGAUAGUUCUAGUAGUUCAAACUGGAAACCGGAUGGAAGAUGUGUCGAGAAGACUAACAGCUGAGAGAAAGGAUAUAGAUGAUCUUAAGAAACUUAACAGCCUGAUCGUAAAGCGACUCAACCAACUGGAGUCUGAACAAAACUGAAGAAAUGAUCUUCUCAGAGCGACUGCUGUCACCUGAGCUUCCCACUCUCCUGGGCGUCUACAGACUUAAGAACUGAAUCAGUGUGUUUUUACAGGCAACAAGUUGCUGGAGAAUGGAACCUGUCCAGGGGGCCAAUUUUCUGCUACCGUAAUGGGAGCAAGUGUAAGGCAAGGGGCUCAGGGGACAGCAACCAGAAAGGGGUCCAUUUCCUGGUAAGGGCCUUCAGCAUAAUGGGGUUCAGGGAACUGACAUGGAGGAGAACCCACAGUCAGCAAGAGAAUUCAGCUCUGUACCUGCAGUUCCACUUAUAGGGGGAGAUUUGUCGCCAGCAUAAAAUCAUUUUGCCAAUGGGGUAGAGGGAGCCUAAUGCAUCUUUACAGACUUCUGGGAAAGCCUAAGGAAUGUGUUCAAUUAUUUGUGUUCCGGGGAACCAGGUAAUAAUUCUUUUCAAUAAAAGAGGAUCGACUCAGGUGACUGAACUUGGAUUCUUAUUUCUUCCAGGGACAGGAUAUGGGCAGACCUCAGAGGUAGUUGCCUGCUUGGAUUUGCUAAUUAUGUGUGUAGGGUGGG